AUGAUGUUGGUCCAGUCCAAGAUGCUCUCAAUCAAGCCCAUCGUCUCUACAGAAGCCAGUCAACCAGUCCAACAGGAGGCGCCUUGCCAGCAAGACGCCAAAGCCUCGCCCCCUGCAACUGCUCCCGAUGAAGCCGUCGCACCUGGUCUGCCUGAAGAUGCCCGACCGUACCCCCAGAGAGAGACCACCCCCACAGCAACAGCAACAAAGUAUUCACCAAGAGCUAAGGACAAGUGCAUCCACAUCAAGAAAUUAAGACUGGCUCACAACCAUUGCGUCUUUAACCCACAAAAAUGGCUGUGUAAAGUUUGCGGUACGACUGAAAGUGUCUGGGCUUGUCUGAGUUGUACCAACGUGGCGUGUGGACGUUACAAUGAGGAGCACGCCCUCAAACACUUCAAAGAGUCCAAACACCCACUCGCCAUCGAAGUCAAUGAUAGAUACGUAUUCUGUUAUGAUUGCGAUGAUUACAUUCUGAAUGACAACGCUCCCGGCGAUCUCAAGUUGUUGCGUACAACCCUCGAUGCGAUCACCAAGCAGACUCUGUACGAGAGUCAAACGAGGAGCGGACGUCGACUCUUGAGGGCGCUCUCUGUGGACACCGGCGAACAGAUUAAACACAGACGUCAGGAAAGUUUAACAUGGGAGGAUAAAGGUCACACCGCCCUCGUUCACCGUCGUCUCGUCCUCCUCAGUAAAAUCUUCCUUCCCUGGAAGAGCCUCGUCCACGGCGACAAAAUCACUGGCAAAAAACCCAAACCGACGAAGCUACCUCCAAAGCGUAGUCUCCCUAAGACCGCGAAAAACAUUCCCGUGGAGUGUGAAAAGAGAAGUAAGAAACGCACGAGGCCGGACGAGCUGCGGAUAGGUGAGAUUAAGAGAAAGUGGACUGUGCUGACGCCCGGAGUAACGGGGCUUAGGAAUCUCGGCAACACCUGCUAUAUGAACUCCAUUCUGCAGGUGCUGGGGCAUUUACAUCAGUUCCGGGAAUGCUUUCUACAUUUGGAGCUUAACCUCCCGCCGAGAGAGAGCAGUCACUCACACGUAGUUGGAACGAGAAGACAAACUGAGUACAUGAGGCAGACCACGAUAGAAUGUUUUGAGGAGGUCCAGAAACCCAAAGGUGGCGCUAAGAGCAAGGGUCGUAUUCUGCGACAGCCUGGCCCCUCCUCAGGGGGUCUUAGCGGUGGUUCAGAUGAAGCUGUCGACCUAUCAACGUACAAAGAUCCUCGAACCGUCAGGAAUAAUUUGAAUGUGAUGAGCUUAUCCGCGUGUCUGAGGAACGAGGGUACGAGCAAGCCCUUGUCAAUAUUGGUAUGGGAAGGCAGAAGCUGAUGCCUAAUGUUCGCAACAACUUCCGGUGUAUUAUUGAUUCUGAAGAGAUAGCUCAUGCAUUCUGGGAAAGGAUUACAGAGUUCAUUCCGCAGACCAUGGGGAAAUUCGGCAGCACGAAAAUAGCAUUGAACGAAAGGUUAUUAACAAAAAGUUGGAUAUAAACCUAUAUUGACUGCCCAUAUCACUACCUGCGCCUUGUGUGUUAUGUCAUGCGCCGAGUUUGCUUGAAGAUAAUAUAUGUUAUCUCACG